AUGCCUCCCACGUAUAAGGGAAGGAAAGCCAAUUCGGGCCCGAACGUGCCUGCCAUUGCUUCGCCGCCUGCUGAGCGCUUCUCAACUCACCAGCUGAAAGUUAUUGACGUUUGCCUCCGCCAGACCGGAUUCGACUUCCGAGGCUUUGCUUGCGGCCCCGUUUCUGAAGCCGAUUGGGAUGCCCUCAAGCUCCUUCACCUCGAUUUCGCACUUCCUACAGCCGAUCCUAGCUUGACCAUGACUGCUUCUCGUCUUGCUGCCAUCAUCCAUGCUGCUGCUCAGUGUCUCGAGAGCUCUGACUGCACCACUCGUGAUGCUGCAUUCUGGAAGGAAGUGAAGAAGCUUCUGUCUGACGACAGCACCUUCCAAGCGGCUUCCAUCUUUGAUUUUGUCAAGUUCGACAACAUUCUCUACCGAUUCUACUCGGCUUGGGAAGAUAUCAUGGAACUCAAUGGUACCGCUGUCAAAGCCAAGGCCUCCUCCAAGGACGAACUCCUCGUGGCUACCGAUGAGUAUAUUCGACAGACAGUACAUGGCAAAAAGAACAGCAUCGCACUCGCCAGGCGUCACUUCAAGGCAGGAUACCGUGCUCAUUUCAGAUCGGAAUUGGAGGAGACCUACUCGGAAGCAUACAACAAGGGAAAGCGUGAGGGUGAGAGUGAGUACAAGAUCAAGCUCAAAGAGAUGAAAGCACAGAUACGCAAGGAAGAGGCAGACUUGUUUGCACUCAACAGGGUGACAAUGGACCGAAAUCGCCAGGUGGGACAGGAGAACAAGUCCAUCACAAAGGAAGUUAAGGAUUUGCAAGCGGAGAACUCUGAGCUUCGCAGACUCAACAAAGAGCUCAGUAACCUACGUGAGGCAUGGCAGCAGCAGAUUGCAACCAACAGAUCUGAAGGAAGCACUGAGGAGAGAUCGAAUGGUUUUGCCUUCGGUGAAGUGGUGGACUUGCUGGAUUAA